AUGGCUGGUGGUCCUGGAACGAGCUCUCGCGGUCGCGGAGGAAAGUUUCGAAAGCCCGCUCGAGGAGGUGGCAAGAAAUUCUCGCGAGACAUUCGUCCCGUUGACGCCGAUGGCAACGAGAUCAGCAUGUGGAGCGUUGACGCCAAACGCAAGGACGACGACGACGAUGACGAUGACGACGACGACAGCGAAGAUGACGAGACCACCGAAGACGAGACUACCGAAGAAGAGGAUAGCGACGAUGACGACGACGCUCCUGGUCCUUCUGCAGCACCAGCCCAGGAACUAUCACGCGAAGACCGCAAGGCUGAGAAAAAGGCCCGCAAAGAGGCAGCCAUAGCCAAGCAGAGAGCUAAGACUGUCGAGGUUGGCGACAUGCCUUCGAGCGACGACGACGACGACGACAGCGAAGAGGAUAGUGAGGACGAUGACGAUAUGCCCGCCAACCCCAAUCACUCUAAGAAGGCUCGCAACCAGACCAAGGCGGGUGUUGAAGAGAUCACAGAGGGGGUCAGCAACAUGGCUGCCCCGAGUCGACGUGAGCGCGAGGCUCUGGAGGCGGCUGCCGCAAAGGAGAGACAUAUGCGCCUGACAGCUCAGGGCAAGACAGACGAGGCCAAGGCUGAUCUGGCCCGUCUCAAGGCCAUUCGCGAGCAGCGCGCUCUCGAUGCUGCCCGAAGACAAGCUGAGCGUGAAGAGAAGGAAGCACUGGAAAAGGCCAAGAAGGCCGAGUUCGAGGCCAAGGAGGCUCGUCGGAAGGAAACGGCCGCCAAGAAGGGAAAGAAGAAAUGA